AUGGACACACCGGCUUGCUUUGUUUAGAUCGUUUUUUCUUCGCUUACUUCCUUGCUUGCUUUCUUUGCUUCCUUGCUUCCUUGCUUCCUUGCUUCCUUGCUUCCUUGCUUCCUUGCUUCCUUGCUUCCUUCCUUCCUUCCUUCCUACCCUCCUCCCUCCCACCCUUCCUUCCUUGUCGGUGGCUCUUGACGAUAUGGAGUUCGCCUUGCCCCUAGAUGUCCUCCGUGACAUCGGCCGCUGGCUACCGCAGAACGAAUUGCUACACCUUGCCUUCACCUGCAAACGGGUCUACAAGGCCCUCCACGCCGAGAUAUACCGCGCAGUGGUCUUGGACUCUUCGAAACGCGUUUUCGGCGACGACUGGCCCGCCGGCCGGCGCGUGUGCUCUGCAGAUGAACCAGACGCGGUCUUCGAGCCGGUGGUGAUCAGAUCGCUCUUUGCCUUGACGCAUUUCCUCAAAACAUUGCAGGCACACCCGGACUACGCCCGGCUCGUCUCCGUGCUCAUUGCUCGACCCCAGAUCCCAGACAUGCCGGAGCUAGCGUUGCACGGGCUCUUGCAGACGGUGUUCCCCUUGCUUUCUAGCAUCCGCGUUUUGCACUGGUAUCUGCGGAGCGGCCCGCUCCAAGCACAGCUAUUGACCUUGCUUCCGCAUCCCCACCAUCUCCAGAGCCUACGCGGCAACUUCGGCAGACCCACGCCGGCAAUGUUUCGGUCCGAGUAUUCCACCCUCCGCCACGUCGAGCUCUCGGACUUCGGGCCGGCGCGGUCGCUCCAGGCCAUCGAUUUCGAAACGCUUCCGCGAAUCAGCUCUUUGACGUUGUCCAAGACAAGCUCCUCAAACCAGCUACUUUUCUCUUCUCUGCUCGACGCAUGUUGCCAGAAUGCUCUUGGUCCAAAGGCAAUCAGCAUGGGUCCAUACAUCAACGAGGGAAACACGCCCACCUACGUCUCGGCCUUGUUCAGUCCACCGCCGACAACGCCUCUACUUCUCCGGUCCUUGGUUCUUCGCGGUAUGUGCCUCAAGGCGAGUGAUGCACGGCUACUUCUAGAAAGUAUCGACUGCUCGUCCUUGAGGCAUUUGUCUUUGGAGAAUUGCUUCGAAACGCUCUUCGAGGAUCUGCCUGACAAUGGUCCCCCUGCCAAUCGCAUACAAAUCCGAAGGCGCAGAGCCCCGGAUGUGUCAUUUAUGGAUCUUCUUUCAGAGGGCCUCCAAAAACUCCAACUGCUCAAAAUAUCUCUUUCCAACGAGAUGUGCUACAAUUCGGCCACGUUCAGGGCCAUCUCGAAAAUGAAUGGUCUUUCGCAAUUGAGCGUGCACCUCAAAACCUUCUGCAGAAACGGCCCGGUUGACUUCACUCAUUUGGUAGACUCUCUACAGUCUCACAAAGAUACAUUGAGGUAUCUUGAUAUCUGCAGCAAUGUUGUGGAUGAAAUCACAGCGCCGCCUUGCCCAAAAAACCGCAACUACUACAAGCUUGAAUCCAUUCUGGGUCUUUCCCACUUACGCCAAUUAAGAUUUCUCCGAAUACCCACCACAUAUUCACAAAUCGAGAAAGUUCCGGUUGUUCUUUCUGAACUCGAAAACUUGAAAGUAGUUCAGCUCCUUGUCACCGACCUGGAACGAACAGCUCCUAAUCCGUGCAAUGGCUGUCCCAACACAACAAAAUCCGCACUCUGUAACUUCAACAGCUUGAUAGCACAAGAAUUCUUUACCUGCGCAAACCCGUUCGUGAAUAACUUGGAGCAUGAACAAAACAUGCAACACCUUCAAUAUGCAACUGAGUACCGCAACAUUCUCAGCACAUUGUCAUACCUACGGUUCGAUCUUAAGCAAGUGUCGCAAGUAUUCGACUGUAAUUCAUUGAAUCACAUCAGGCUAAAGGGUCAAAUGUAUGUUGAUAAUUUUGACGCUUUGAUACAACUGAGUAUAGACGUUUAAGAAAAAAAAUCC